CGCUUGCCGCAUCGGUUGGUUCGCGGAAGAUCUGCGUUCAUCUGUUGCUUCAAGAUCACCGUUGAUUGUAAAACAAACUUGGUCAGGUCAAGCAAGUCACAUUAACUCGCUUCGGCCAUCCAGGCUACGGCAAUCUCCGGUGCAUCAAUCAGACAUUCAUCUAUCAAUAGCAAUAAAGCCGUUGGAUUGUCUUGCCGGCUAUGACAACGACUCCUCCUCGGGAGUGGGCUCGCACUCCGCCAGCGCCUCUUUAUGGGCCCAAAUAUGACGACUACGAGCCAUACGAAAUCAGAAAGUCUACUCGUUUGUCCAAGAAACAGGCAAAUCGCUCCAAUCGUACCCCAUCCCCAGGACGUGGUGCUCCUGAACCUGUUCCAGCAGCGUCUUAUCCGUCGUCCAGUCGAGCGUCACACUCUGUUUCGCAUACUUUGUCGCCUCCCCCUUCAAACCAACCCAUGUCGCGGAAGAAGUUUGUCGAUGGUUCCAGUCUUGAAGAUGUGUUCCUGACUGCGGCGGAUGAGGAAGGAGCGAUGGGAGGAGCGAUGAACAUGGCCAAUGGCCGCCCUGGUCUUUUGACCCAUGAGUUGCUGCCCACUCCGGCCAAAACGCCGCGGAAGCGUCAGCCCCAGCCAAAAGGCAUGGGUGCCACUGCGCGUGUCUUGUUUCCAACCCUUCCUAAUAACGUGGAAGAAGCGAUGCCUAUGCCCAAGAAGGGUCGUAAAGGACGCAAAGCAAACGGCUUUUCCCUUGGAGGUCUUGCGAACGAAGACGACGAUAAUAAUGGAGGAGCAAAGAUUCAGAUUUACACCGAUUCAAAGGACAGAGUUCCGGAGCUCGACCCUUCUGAAGACAAUCCUUUCUACGUGAGCAACGAGUCUGGCUCUGCAGAUCUGAGCAAGCAGAAAUCUGCCGGAAAGGCCAAAGCAGCGCGGAGCACGGAGACUCGCACUCCUAGAAGAGAUGACGGCAUCGUCUAUGUUUUGUAAGUUCAAUCUAUCAUCUAAUGACCUACUCUUCCUGCUUAUUAAUAUCGUCUCUCUAUCAGUCGUGGCAAGAAAAUCUUCCGCAAAUUCGAGGACAUGGACAGCUCUUCUGAUGAGGGUCAAGACUCUGAUGGCUUCAACGACCUGGAUGCUCGACGCGGCUCCUCUUCCUCUGGUCGAGCUUUCACCCGCUCCUCCCUUAAGCCACGCCUUUUGUUCCCCUCUGAAGAGCAGCUCCGCGAACGCGAGGAAAGAAGCAAGCGUAAGACCGACGACAAGGAAACGACUACUAGUGAUGCCGAAGAUGGCGCUUCCGCUUCAAAAAGUACGACCGAUCAAGAGGUUUCCGAUUCUCCUCCUGAGCCAAUGGUUGCGGCGG